AUGCAACCUCUGGAACAUCCCCAACUGCGGAGCUUCCUGGUAGAGCUUCCAGUACUCAGCGAUUACAAGGUCGCCACCGGUACUCGAAAAUUACUCGCUGGUUUAUUUUAUGCUGCUUCUUGUGAUGGUAAGUACCUGCCGUUGUUGUUUCCGGAGCGGAAGGUGGAGGAUUUUGCGGGUUUUUCGUGGGAAAACCGCGCGUUCUCCACACCUGAGAAUGAUCUAAAGAUGCUUUCAAGCGACGAAGACGAACACAGUGAACACAGUCAUCCCAAGAGACCUUGUGCACGGAGAUUCAGGAAGGGGGACCCCUGUUAUAGGUGUUUAACAUGUGGCUUCGAUGAUACGUGUGCCCUGUGCUCGUUUUGUUUUGAGGCCCAGGAUCACGAAGAUCACCAGGUCCUAGUAAGACUUUGUCAGAAGGAUAAUGGCGGAGUUUGUGACUGUGGAGAUCCUGAAGCUUGGACCACUCAGAUGAGUUGUCCCCUGAUCACGGAGAAGGAUGAGGAGCCACUUCCCGAAGAGUUAUACAUCGCCUUGGAGACUACAUUGGCUGUGGCAUUGGACCAUGUUCUAGAUGUAAUGGCUCAUUCUACUGAGGUCGUGAUGCCGUCGGACUCGGCAGAUAAAAUACGCUAUUAUUCCAGGCGAUCGGCGUUAAAUCCAGCUGCCUACCUUUCUGAAGAUACACCAUCAGAAAAAUACAUGCUUGUUCUGUACAACGAUCAGGUAAGACAGUUCCGCGACGCUGUGCAAAGAGUCAGAUUCACUACAGGAAAGGUUUCCAGGUUUGCCGAAAUGGUUGUUCAAAGAGUGGACUCCUACGGCCGAGGGAACGUGAUGGGAGGAAACGAUCUGGAAGUACUUUUGCAGAAGCAGAGAAUACUUUGUUCGACUGGACUGACAUCUGCCAUCAGAAGUUACAGAGAUGUUUUUAGAGAAGAGCUUUGUGACUCCGUGAUUUCUUGGAUUGAAAAUAUUGUGUACUCCAAGUUAUUUCAAAAUAAACAGAGGUUUAGAGACCUAGUGUGUCGGACCUUUUUGAGACCUUGGAGACAAGGAUGCUAUGCCUCCGUCUUGAGAAGUCCGGGGUCGGACAAUCGGGAGCUGAUGUGUGUUGGAAGUCUCACAGUUGAUAAUAUGAUUCCAAGAGUGCCUUCUGUCAACCACGAUUCAACGCCAAUGCGCUGGGACCUGAGCCAGGAUCUUUGCAACGAGUGUUUCUUCACCAACGUGGGAAGUCUGGCUUACCGAACUCAAUCCGAGAUUCAAGGUUCGAGGUUCCAGAUGUUGCUAUACUUUGAUGUACGGUUCUGGAAGUCUAUCAGAUCAACUCUCCACAACAUCUACAUCUUUUCUCUCAUUUCUAAUCUGAGGUACAAACUCAUGGUGACGGCUCAGUAUGUGGACAUAUACCCUCAAAUUUCGGAGCUGUUUCUUUCAUUAGAUCGUGAGCCCGAGUCCUCAUUGAUGUCCUCCCUCUCUGCACAGUUAUUCACAUGUCCUUCAAACUCUACGAACACAAUUAGACACGGCGAUCUGUCUCGAAUGCUAACCACCGCUCAUCUGUAUCUAACCACGGGCACAAUCUCAUAUCCACCGGCGGGAUAUGAUAUUUCAAAGGCUGAUUUAUCUUUUAAAUCACUAAAAAACAGAAAAUGGGGUCACAUGUUCUUUGACAUGACGUAUAUACUGGGAAGGAACCAGGACAACAAGGCUUUGUUUUCAUCUGAUUUGAUAGACCAGGUCUUUUCGUUGCUAAAGCUGUUUCAAGGAAGACCAACCAUGUCGAGAGAAGCAACCGCUCAUGUGGAGUACGAAUCAAACGACUAUGGAAUUUUUUUCAACUCAACCUCAGUUGUUGCACAUUUUGCGGAAAGCAUUUCGAAGUCUGCAAACGCUCUAUUACCUAUGGAAUCAGGCGUGGUAAAUGCUUCAAUUACGAAGCUACUCAAGAGAUUUGAGGCAACAGUUCUACAAUUAUGCACCAUGAGCGAAUCUACAACGCGGGUUAUGGAUUGCGAUGUUACUUCAAAGCCCUUCUCUUUCAUGAGAUACUCGGCACUCUCCAAUGAGGCUGAGAUUCUGAAGUUUGACGUCCACCAGGAAAAAGUCAGUUUCUUGCAUCCUGUUCAUUCUCUAAUAUCUUCACUUUUGGAGAUGGACAAUGCAAUCCAAACACCAGAACAACUGACUGCAUGCAUUCAAUCGAUUGGAUCUAACAAACUCGUUUUAAUAUUCUUUGACUUUGCAAUUAGAAAGAUGGUUCUUCUUUCGCAGAUUAAAGUCGGACAGUGGGUCAGAAACGGGUUUUCAGUUAGAAAUCAGAUGAACAUAUAUAGGAACACAGGGAUCCGGGAGUUUGGUUUUGUCAGAGACUUGUUUCUGGCUCAAUGCUUCUUAGCCACUCAAGAACCUUCUGUAUCUGUUCCAACAGUCAUUGAGAGAUGGAAACUGAUCCCAUGGAUAUUGGGUGAUUUUGAAAAUAAUCUUACAUAUGGAAAGGGUAAUACCUCUAGCAUUGUGGAGGAAUGCCUUUUGUUUUUCAUCAAUAUCCUGAAUGAUACCACUCACCUGAUGAAGAUGAAUGACCAUGAUGUACUGACACGUCUGAUAGAGAAGGAGAUCAUACAAACUCUGUGUUUCCGGUCCCUUCCUUAUAGCAAGCUAUGCUCGGAAAUCGAGCACUUGUCCAGCGAAAAGAGAUUUCUGUUCAUUCUGAGGAAGAUUGCAACAUUGGUAGAACCCAGAGAUGACCAAGAGCAUGCGGUGUACAAGUUAAAGGCUGAGUAUUUCAACAACGUGGAUCCAUACUUCAUCCAUUACACUUCCAAUAAGAGGGAAGAGGCCUUGCGACUGCUUAGAGACAGGUUUGUGGAGAAAACGAAGAGACCUUCUCAGGAUUUUGUUUUCAAUCCCCCAAAGUACAAUUGGGACUCUUUUGGCCCUUAUGCCCACUUGCCCCAAUUUAUUCUUAGCCUGGAGUUCUCUUUCCUGUUGAAGAAUUCCCUUGCAUACUGCAUUAGAGAGGGCCCAUCAAUGACGGAUGCAAUUAUGGAAUUCAGUCUUCAUUUAUUGCAUAUUUGUAUGCAGACGAAUUUUUCAUCAAAGUUCAUCAGAGAGUUUGUGCUUGCAGAUUUGAAUGUUGUUGUGGAGCGCAACUGUAUUAUGAAGAACCUCGACUUCAAUUCUCAGAUUGGGCUCAAUACCCAAUCAGAUAAAAAGACUGGUUCAUUGGCCUCUGUGUUGUACACAAUAUUAACUGACGAUUCCUUUGCUUCACAUCACAGCAAAAUCAAGACUUUGUUCCAUCUUAUUUAUGCCGAACUUGACAACAAUCUCGUUAUGCUCCAAUCUGCCAUACCUGACUGUGACGUCGAUAUCCUGAACUCCAAGUUUGAUGUUGAAAAGGGAGAAGAGACACAGUUCGAGAGAAAGAAAAAGCUUGCCAAGAAAAAGAGAUUCAAGAUCAUGGCUCAGUUCAAGAAACAACAGGAUCGGUUUGUCAGAAACCAUCAGCUGGACGUUGGAGCCGAUCCUGAGGCAGAAAUGGACACUCGGAUGGACGAGGAAGGUUGGUUGUUUGAAAAGGAACAUUGUAUUCUCUGCCAGAUGACAGCUUCGGAUGACGAGCCAUUUGGAUUCCCGAGCUAUGUUUUUGAUUCUGCAGAAUUUAGGUACAUUCCUCCUGCAAAUGACAAAUUGUAUGAUGACUAUUGGUUUUUGAAGGCAUUUUCUCAUUCUCCAAACUUGGACGCACGUCAUCCUGACAUGGACAUCGAUCGACCAAUAGACGAGUAUCUUCAUCGUGUUGAAAGUCGCAAUGUCAUUGGACCUGGAUAUGUGUCCUCGGAGGGAUCAUGCUCCGAGUCCCACUCAGUCACAACCAGUUGCUGCCACGGAAUGCAUUUUAGUUGUUAUCUGGAGUAUGUCCAGACCUCUUCCAAGACGAGAAGGUCAAGUCAAGUUACGAGAACGAUUCCUGAAGACUUCUCGAAAAGCGAGUUUCUUUGUCCGUUGUGCAAAUCUUUGAACAAUGUGUUUGUACCAGUGCUGUAUCCAGGAAUACGCAAGCCUUACAUUAAGGCGCCUAUCAACUUGAGCGAGUCAGAAACAGUCUGGGGAUAUUGUAAUGAUCUAGUGUCGGUUUCAAUAGAGGAGGCUAGUCAAGUUUUGUCGGAUUCUGCCAUCUCGACUGCAAGAAGCGAGAUGAAGGCUAAGUAUGGAUCUGUACUUUUCUCGAGUCAAGUUUUUGGGAACAAAGUUGCAACUUCAUUGCUCAGCACUUCGAGACUUCUCUCGUACUUCUCCAAACCCCACCCGGAUAAUGUGGUCUCUUCUAUUUUAGCGCAUUCGAUUGAGUCUAUUGAAAUCUCGUUGCGUGGAACUCGCGAAGAAAAUAGCUGCUAUGUUUUCUCCCAAGUGCCAUCCCAGACUUUCACAAUGCUUAGGGCUUGGUGUCAACUCAAGAAUGCUUUAUUCGCAUAUGAAGCCUACAAUCAAAGCUCGGAGGCACCUAACCUCCAAGGAUCGUUGAAGAAGACAGAACAGGUUAUUGGUCUCAUGAACUGCUUGUCGGUACUAAAGCCAUCUGAAUGUCAAAAGGUGGACCUUUUUGAAACUCUGGUGUCAAUGCAGCCCACUGAUAGCUUUGGUAUCUCAUUCAACAAAUUGGUGUGCGUCUGCUUCGUCAAGCAAACUAUGAAGAUGAUACAGAGCGUGAUUGGUAUCAUCUCAGAGUAUGGAUUGGAAAGAUGUAUCUUACUUCCAUUGUUGAGCAACGUUGAUCCAAAUAUUCUGAAUGACUGCUCCAAAAUUUAUGGCUUUCUGGCAUUGCACAGAGAGCGCGCCGAUUUGGGACCCCUGGUAUAUACUCUGUUGGUUAAGCUUGUGACUCCGUUCUUGAGAAGGGCUGCUAUUUGGACCUUUGUCAAGUAUGCCUCGCUUUCCGAACUACCAGAUCCCAGCAAUUUUGAUCUUGAAUGUGAUAAGUUAUGUGCGUUUUUGGGAAUACCCUCUUUAGCGGAAAUCAUCAGAGGAUUCGUGAGUGACUUUGAAAGAGACCCUACCUAUGCCCUGGAAUUCAAGUCCGAUCUGAGUAACUUUGAGGGCAAAAUUGAAUAUCCGGGAAUUGUCAGUCUGAUCAAUUUGCCAUACAGAUUGAGUGAGUUCUUUACAGAGGUGUAUCACAAGAAACAUCUACACUCGAAAGACCCUGCAAUAUGUCUAUUCUGCGCGGCGGUCCUAGACCUCCAAGGUGUUUCGCUGGAAAGCCGCCUGGGUGAAUGUAAUAUCCAUAUUAAGUGGAAGUGCAUGCGCGAGUGUGGUUUAUUUUUGUUACCGAGAUCUAGUGGCAUCUUGAUGCUCUAUAAGGGUAAGGGUUCGUUCUUUGAUGCUCCGUAUGUGGAUUUGCACGGCGAGCUGGACGAGGAUUCUAAAAGAUCGGAGCCUUUGUUUUUGAGCCAACCGAAGUACGAGAAACUCGUUCGCAACAUCUGGUUGGGUCACAAUAUUCCAAACGAGAUUGCAAGAAAGCUAGAGAGCUUGGUAGAUAUAGGAGGAUGGGAAACUAUGUAA